AUGCCCCAUGACUUGCCGAAGAGCACAACGAUUCUUUCCGAUAUGAAAGACCACUUAACGCAGACGGUUCAAAAUACGGGUAAUUCGGUUGAUGAGCCACACUUUGGAGAUCUUCAACGCGACUUCAAGCGAUCCGUAGAGUUGUCAUCCAAACAGUGC